UGCUGCAUUGACCCGGUGCAGGCGUCCUAUCAUUGCAGCAUGAUGCGGCCAGUCCAACGGGAUCUGGAACUCGUUGUAUCACGUUCAACAUGGUGACACUGGUAUCAUAGUCAUCGCCGAAUGGCCGUUACUAUGGUAGUUGUACGACGAGGGUCAUGUUGGUCAUCUGCUCAGGGUUGUCUGGAGCACAUCUGUCCGACGGACCGACAACAACGUUGGAAUAUACAGACGUCAACGAUACUCCGCAUCAAUGGACAACCAGAAGAAUUGACAAUCGACACUCGCAGCAAUCCACUAUGGGACCCUGUCAAUCCCUCGACGGACCAGGUAGGGGUCCUUGUUCGACACACGAAUCGUCGAUUUCUCCUAGGCGCUCAAGCCGCAAUUUGUUCCUCACCACAAACACUAUCGGAAUGUGGGGUAUUGGCCGCUCUCCACUGUGACCGUCAACCUGAACCGUCCGCGAUAAUGGGGUGGUUGAGACUGGACGUGGGGUUCAAGAUUUUGCCUGCUUGCGACAGCAUUGCGAAUCGCCCAAGCCGCCAAGCCGCCAAGCUGAGAUCUUCCGUUCAAUCGGCCGCUCGAUGAGGACUGAAAGAGGAGCAAUAGACGGGGAAAUACUAUCUGUCACAAUUGCUUGGGCGUGCUGACGUGAUAGCCAAGAGUCGAUUGAAACAGCAUCUAUUUCACUCGCGCGUUCCGACGCCAUGUGCCGUCUUGUAAGAAUCCCCGCAUACUGGGGUGACGGGGAUGCUACUCAGGUAGUCUGGACGUUUGACACAUGAUCGACUCACUAGGCCGUCUUCCAUCUUGCCAGGUUGGAGAUUUGAUCGAGCCAAGGAGGUGACAGAAUAAACGGUGCACCAAGGGUGUAACAAUAUGAGAUGGCUUAAUAUCCCAGUGUA